GUCACCUCACCAAAUAAGCUGCCCAAAUAGGCCCUAAGAUUCUACUAAAAAUCACCUUGAUUACAAUGCGUUAGGAAGUGCCCAUCUUAAUCAAUUCUACUUUAUUAUAAAUAUUUUUGUGUGUUGGAAAUUGAGAAAUCAGACGUUAAGUUCAAAUUUAAAAUUUUUAGUAGUUAGAAAAGCUUCCGUUGACAAGGUUUGAUCAGACGUAAUUGAUCGCGCCAAUUAAUGGCGAGCUGAUGCGCUCGCAGGAGACGAAGCCCAACGCCCAUGAAAGCAGGAUUCCGCCCUCCAUUUCUUCGUUACAUCCGAUUUCAUUAACUUAUUUCAUUCGUUGCAGCAUUCAUCUUUCUCCCUCUUCGUCAUCUUUCCUGCAACUCCGAUGGCGAGAUGAGGAUUCCGCCGGCCGCAGCAGCGGCGAUUUUGAUAGCUUUGAUCGUCGCCGCUGCAGAGGGGCUGGGUUCUCCGGCCACCAUUGCCGUGAUACAGUCCUCCGGGACAGUCUGCGGGAUCCUCGCCGGAGCUGGACGGGAGAGAGUGCGUUGCGCGGGUGUCGGGCUGCCGGAGUUCUCUGUCUCUCCAAAACUGUCUUUUGAAUCGAUUUCCGGCGGCCGGGAUUUCUUUUGCGGGCUGAGGUCUGGAGGAAUUAGUAUAUUUUGCUGGACUGUGAGAAACAGCUCCGCCGGACAGGUAUCGGCGAAGAGGAUUUACAACGGCCCUGUUCCCCUCGCGGAUCUCAGCGUUGGGGAUGAUCAAGUCUGCGCCUUGCAGAGAAAUCGAAGCAGAGUUCUGUGUUGGCGGGGUGAUGGAAGUUUCCCGGCGAGCUUCGACGGAGAAUACCGAUCGCUGACGUCGGGGAGAGGGUUUUCGUGUGGAAUUGGGGUUGAUAACCGCGUGCAGUGCUGGGGAGGACAUGGUUUGGAGUUCCGAAGCGCUUUUGGUGAUAUAUUGAUGCAGAGCGUUGUUGCAGGGGACUCGCAUGUCUGCGGAAUGGAUCUCUCUGGUUUUUUAAUUUGUAAGGGAAGCAAUAGCUCCGGCCAAUUGAAUGUUCCCUCAGGCGGCGCUUUUGAGUUCUCCGGCUUGGCUCUUGGUCUGAAUCACUCAUGCGCGAUCAAGCAGCCUAAUGGUACUGUGAUCUGUUGGGGCGGCGGCGGCGGCGGAGUUUGGAGUUACAGUCCGGAAAAUAGCAUGAGUUUCGAGCUCGUGGUCGCCGGCGGCGACCUCACCUGCGGGGUGAUAACGGAUAACUUCACGGUGAUGUGCUGGAAAGCGAAUGGGAUCAAUCAUUCCACAUUUUCUCUUCUUCUGCCCCAAGUUCUUCCGGGAAGAUGUGUUGCAGAAGAGAGUUACUGCAAAUGCGGCGUCUUCCCCGAUUCGGAAUCUCUCUGUUCAGAUUCCGGCGUGAUUUGCAAGUCCUGCGGAGCUCCUUUUAUCCCUCAACCGCACCCUCCGCCGCCGGCAAUACCUUCUCCGUUACCGGAAUCAGCUCCGGGUUUCCUCAAGACGAGCACAGGAUGGAUAGCCUUCGUUAUUAUCGGUUUCGUCGGAGGAUUUGCCGCCAUGUGCAGCAUUCUAUGCUUCUUAUGGAACCGCGCUCGCCGGAAUAAGAAAGUUCACAAUUCCAAGCCGCCGCCUCCACCGCCGCCGCAGCCGCCGCCACCCACUUUUAACACAGGUCAACAUUCCAACAUUUCCGGCAACUCUCCACAGCUAUCCAUCAGCAUCCCCAGCCCCCUAUUCUCCCCACCCGGCUCGAAAUCCCAGGCAUUCCGCCACUACAUUACCCGCGGCACCAGCAGCCGUCGCAGGGGACCAUCAUCCUUCCAUGAACGCGCAGAAGUCUUCACCUUCGACGACCUCGCCGCCGCAACAAACAACUUCUCUGAAUGCCGAAUCGGGAUGGGAGGCUUCGGCACGGUUUACAAAGGCAAGCUCAAAAACAACCGGGAAGUCGCCAUUAAACGCGGCGAGCUCAAAUCAGCCCAAAUAAAUACAAAAAUUCAGGAAAAGGAGCGAGCUUUUCAAUCCGAACUCAUCUUCCUCUCUCGUCUCCACCACAAACACUUAGUAAACCUGGUCGGGUACUGCGAAGAGAGAGACGAGAGGCUCCUCGUCUACGAGUACAUGAAAAACGGCUCCUUGUACGACCACCUGCACUCCAGAACUGGAACCGAGGCAGGACCACCCAUGGAUUCCUGGAGAAUGCGCAUAAAGGUCCUUCUGGACGCCGCUCGAGGAAUCGAAUACCUGCACAACUACGCCGUGCCGCCGAUCAUCCACCGAGACAUCAAAUCUUCAAACAUAUUGCUCGACGGCGACUGGGUGGCGAGGGUCUCCGACUUCGGUUUAUCAUUAAUGGGGCCGGAAGCAGAAUCGAUCUACCUUUCAACCAUAGCUGCCGGAACAAUGGGCUACAUAGAUCCGGAGUACUACGGCGGAAUACAGCAGCUGACGACGAAGAGCGACGUCUAUGGCUUCGGAGUAGUGAUGCUGGAGAUGUUAACGGGAAAAAAGGCGAUUUUUAGGGAGGAAGGGGGAGAGAGCGGGGAGCCAGUGAGCGUGGUGGAGUACGCCGCGCGGAGGAUUGAUGAUGGGGAGACGGGGAGGGUGUUGGACCGGCAUAUGCGGCGGCCGGAGCUGCGGGAGGCGGAGGCGGUGGAGCUGGUGGCUUACACGGCGGUGCAUUGCGUGAGCAUGGAGGGGAAGGAUAGGCCGGCCAUAUCGG